CCCGCCAUCUACCGCGGCGCCGGCGGACCCGCGUCCGCCGAGCCGCAGGAAACAGCUGCUUCAGCCGAGGGCAUUUUACUGAUGAGGCGCGCCUCGACCACGUGCUACAGCACAUGGACAGGAGUUGAGUUCGGGCCGCCGUCAAUGACACACGUACUUGUGCCUCGUAAGGAGUCAGUAGCAAGGUAGGAAAGCCACCGCCGUGCUUCUCGCCACGGCCGCUGUGUGCAAAUCACCGCUCUUCUUCGGUGCCUACGGACUUCGCGGACGUCGACGUCCCCGGCCGGGACAUCCUGACGCAGCAUCGCCGGCGCAGCCUCCUGGUGCAGAGCCCGCCGUGCAGCAGCGCAGAGCGUACAAUUAAAUCGGAAAAGAUUGAUGCAAACAGAAUGAAAUUGCAAUCCACAGAAAACAUCCCUGCAAAAAAAACAAAGAAAAUUUUGCAAAUAACCAAGAAACGGCAACAGAUAUCAAUUCCUGAGGAAAAACAGAAGUUGGAGAUGGUUGAGGAUCUUUCCAAUAGCAAUGCAUCUGAAAAUAAUGCAACUGUAUCAAAAGAAAUAACAAAUAGUAAGAAGCGACGAUGCACAGAAGAUAUCUCUAAAAAAAAAAAAAGGAAAAUUUCGAAAAUAUCUGAGGAAAAAAGUGCAAAUGACAAUGACACGGAAAAUAUAUCAGUUUCCAAAGAGGAACAAAAUUCAGAGACAAUUGAGAAAUCUCCUAAGAAUGAUGCAUCUGAAAAUUCACCUGGCACAACUUUGGGCUUACAAAUAGUAUUUGACAAGAACUUCUCAGUGCUGAAAGAAAAAGUAUGCGAGCAUACAUUAAAGGCAAUCGAUGACAUGGGUUUUACACAUAUGACAGAGAUACAGGCGAAAUCCAUUCCCCACCUUCUUGAAGGAAGAGAUCUAGUAGGUUCUGCUAAAACCGGAUCUGGCAAGACUCUGGCAUUCCUAAUCCCUGCAGUUGAACUUAUCUACAAAUUGAAGUUUAUGCCACGCAACGGUACUGGAUGCAUCAUCAUAUCCCCAACGCGAGAACUGUCUAUGCAAACGUUCGGAGUUUUAAAAGAACUUAUGAAAUAUCACCAUCAUACAUAUGGUUUGCUGAUGGGUGGUGCCAAUAGGCAGACUGAAGCGCAGAAGCUCGCGAAGGGGGUGAAUAUUAUUGUGGCCACGCCAGGGAGGCUACUGGACCACUUACAGAACACUCCAGAUUUUAUGUAUAAGAAUUUACAAUGUUUAGUCAUUGAUGAAGCUGAUCGAAUCUUGGACAUUGGUUUCGAAGAGGAAAUGAAGCAGAUCAUUAACUUACUUCCGAAACGCAGGCAGACUAUGCUCUUCAGUGCAACACAGACAGAAAAAGUCACCAUGCUAACAAAAUUAGCCAUCAAGAAGGAACCCAUAUACGUGGGGGUAGAUGAUGACAAGGAGAAGGCAACUGUGGAAAACUUGGAGCAAGGUUACUUGGUAUGUCCGAGUGAUAAGCGUUUCAUGCUAUUGUUCACAUUCCUGAAGAAAAAUAAGAAGAAGAAGAUUAUGGUUUUCUUCAGUUCCUGCAUGUCUGUGAAAUAUCAUCAUGAACUCCUCAAUUACAUCGAUUUACCAGUAAUGAGUAUACACGGUAGGCAGAAACAGAUAAAAAGAACCAACACUUUUUAUCAAUUCUGCAGAGCAGAUUCCGGGAUUCUGCUUUGCACCGACGUGGCCGCUAGAGGUUUGGAUAUACCUAAUGUCGAUUGGAUCGUGCAAUAUGAUCCACCGGAUGAUCCCAAAGAAUAUAUUCAUCGUGUAGGAAGAACAGCUCGUGCAGGGAACAAAGGUAACGCCUUGCUACUUCUACGACCGGAGGAGCUAGGGAUGAUAUAUUACUUGAAGCAAGCUCGUGUGCCAUUACGCGAGUAUGAGAUCAGCAACAACAAAAUCUCUGACAUACAAUUGCAACUCGAGAAACUAAUCUCGAAAAAUUAUUAUCUGCACACUUCAGCGAAAGAAGCGUUCAAAGCGUAUGUCCGAGCGUAUGACUCCCAUCAUUUGAAGCAAAUCUUCAAUAUUGAAACUCUAAACUUGACAGCGGUCGCUAAAUCAUUCGGAUUCACCGUGCCGCCGACAAUGGACUUAAAAGUAGGAGUGAGCAAGGCGACGCGACCGCGAAAAAGGCUCGGCGGAGGCGGUUACGGGCACUUCAAGAACCUGAACGACUCAAGUGCUACAAAACAGCUACGACGUACUAAGACCUACCAGCAGGUAGGCAAACGUACAGGGGACAAGAGGCAAUUCAGCAGAUAACCAUGCCGUCCACGCGCACCUGAUAUGCGUGGGUCGUAGGCGACUGCAUCAUUGUCGCACGGAUGUGUCCCGAUACUCCUGGGGAAUCGAGACCCAUCGGUACACCGCGCUACGCUUGUACAGUUCUAUAUUAGAAAUACAUUUUAGUGACGUUAAAAAAAUCUUCGAUUUUUGACACC